AUGCGUGCUUUGGCUAUUUUGGCUACCCUUCUGGGCCUUGAAUCUUUUGUCCACGCACGGUAUGUGAUGAACCCAGUCAGAAUACCAGAUGCACUCUCCAUACGGGAAUCAUCGUCAACACCCAAUGCAUUUCCAACACCAAAGACGCUGGCACCAGACGCAAGUUCUUGCGUGAAUACAGCAACAUCGCGGAGUUGCUGGGGGAGUUACAGUAUCGAUACUUAUUACUAUGUGACGACACCUUACACGGGCGUGACGAGAGAGUAUUGGUUAACUGCGGAAUCGACCACACUUGCGCCGGAUGGAUACGAGCGCGAAGUAUUAGUCUUCAAUGGCUCGAUGCCAGGUCCGACAAUUGAAGCAGACUGGGGAGACGAGGUUGUCGUCCAUAUCACAAAUGGCAUACCUGAUAAUGGCACCUCAGUGCACUGGCAUGGUGUCAGGCAGCUUAACAGCGUCGCUAGCGACGGCGUACCAGGAGUGACUCAGUGUCCCAUAGCGCAUGGCCAGACGAAGACCUACAGAUGGCGCGCGGCGCAAUACGGAACCUCGUGGUACCAUUCGCACUUCAGUUUACAACUCGGCGAAGGCCUCCUUGGUCCGAUUAUCAUUCACGGGCCAGCAACUGCAGACUACGAUAUUGACGCUGGCCCAAUCGUUUUGCAAGACUGGACCCAUACCAGCGUCUUCACCAUAUGGGAAAACCUGCAGAGAAAUGCGGCUGACGUCCAACCGGUUGGCGAAAAUGGCCUCAUCAACGGGCUGAAUCCGUAUGACUGCAGCCAAUCCAGUGACCCGGCCUGUAUUGGCACGGCUGAACGAUUUGAGCUCAACUUUCAGAAGGGAAAGAAAUAUCGACUUCGUAUCAUAGGCACCCAGAUUGACGGUUGGUUCAAGUUCACUAUUGACGGCCACAAGCUCAGGGUGAUCGCAAAUGAUUUUGUACCAAUCGAGCCAUAUGAGACCGACAACAUCAUCUUAUCUGGUGGAGAGCGGUAUGACGUUAUUGUCGAGGCUGAUCAACCAGUGGGGAACUACUGGCUUCGUUCGAUUUAUCAGACUGCCUGCAAUAGGAACGAUAAUCUCAAUAAGAACAAUAUUCGAGGUAUCGUGCGAUACGUCGGUGCGGAUACCGAUAAGACUCCGACCACAUGCGUCAGCAAGACGAUCACGAACUCGUGUGGAGACGAGCCUUACGAGAGCCUAGUGCCCUGGUAUCCCAUAAUGUAG